AUCCCUGGUUCCUGUCACCAGGGAAACCACUUCCAAGGGAAAAGUCUCCUUGUCAUUUUCUCCAAGGUGGAUUUCCCAUUUCCCUUUUCCAAUAGCGUGUAGUAAGUAAGUUGCAGGAUUGAAGAGCGACCGAGAGGAUGGAAGAGGGAGAUGAGGAGAAACGCGGUGCAUGUAAGGAGGAAGACGGAGGGUUGCAGCAUCUUCCGUCUGCUGUAAUAGCAACCAUCUUAACGAAGCUAGACAUCCCAUCUCUCUGUUCCACCGCUUCCAGUUGCAGAUCCUUCCACUCUAUCUCCUCUCACAUCCUCUCCUUCCUUCCCGAUUUCCAUCUCCUCGACAUAGCACCCACGAUCGAUCUGCUCCGUCCGUUGUUGCCUCCAAACCCCAACCUCCGGAGCCUGAAGCUCGACUGUGGCCGCCUCAAUGACUCCUCGAUCACAUAUCUGGUCAGGCCAUCACUGCAUGAGCUCUGCCUUCACAACUGUGAGAAUUUCAGUGGGAUGCUGCUUUUGGAGGUCGGCUGCAAAUGUGCUGAUCUAAGAUCACUCUCAGUGGGUUCGCUAGGUGAAAAGAGAGGGCAUGAAAUCCUAGUAUCAGAUGUAGAAGAGUUGAUUAUUGGUUGCCGUCAGUUAGAAUCACUGAGCCUGAUGUUUGAUGUCUCAAGAUUUAGCCAUCAGAAGUUUGCUCAAGUCUGGGCCACAGCAGCAAAUCUCAGAGUUCUCGAGAUCGUUUACAUCGAUUCUGUGAUGAUGAUUGAACUGCUCAGACCAAAAGUGGGCCCACUCCAGCCAACGUAUCACAUGCAACCAUCUGCAUUGCCAUGUCUUCAAAAGCUGCGUCUCUCAGUGGACUUCAUCACAGAUUCUUUGGUUAGUGCAAUAUCCAAGGGUCUUAUGUCCUUGACCCAUUUGGAUCUUUUAGAUGCACCCGUGAUGGAUCCAGAUGUAACGAAUGAUCUUACCAAUUCAGGCCUUCAACAGAUCAAUCUACACAGGAAAUUAAAACAUCUCUCCCUCAUCCGGAACCAAGAAUUCAUGUUCACUUACUUCAGACGGGUUAAUGAUCUGGGCAUCCUCUUAAUGGCUGAUAGGUGCUCAAACUUAGAAAGUAUCUGUCUUGGAGGCUUCUGUCGUGUUACGGAUGCGGGUUUCAGGGCUAUCCUUCAUGCAUGCUCAAACCUAAACAAGCUUAGGGUGUGUCACGGAACCCAACUCACAGAUUUGGUGUUUCACGACAUCUCUGCGACCUCCCUUUCUCUAAUGCAUGUCAGCCUAAGAUGGUGUAUUCUCCUAACCAACCUUGCCAUCAUGCGGUUGGCAUGUAACAAGGAUCUCAGGGUUUUGGACUUGGGCAACUGCCGGAAUGUAGGGGACGAGGCAUUGAGAGUAGUCAGCAGUCUUCCCAAAUUGAAGAUUGUGAAAUUGGACGGCUCUGAUAUCACUGAUUUGGGAUUGUUGCACUUGGCACAGAGCACAGCUUCGUUGAUCUCAUUGUCUGUUAGAGGGUGCAAAAGGCUAACAGACCAGUGCAUUUCAGCUAUAUUUAGCAGUUCUUUUGGGCAGACCCUGCAAGUGCUGGACCUCUCCAAUCUUCCUAAUCUCUCUGAUGAUGGAAUUCUUUCAUUAGCAAAAAGUGGUGUACCGGUCUCCGAACUCCGAAUGCGAGAGUGUCCGCUCAUAGGGGACAUUUCAGUCAUGGCUUUAGCCUCGAUGCAGGUUAAGGGUGGGUGGUGUGGAAGCAGCUUGCGGCUGCUGGAUCUUUACGAGAGCGGCUGCAUUUCAGGGCUUGCAUUCCGGUGGUUUAAGAAGCCUUACUUCCCGAGAUUGAGAUGGUUGGGAGUGACAGGAAGUGUGAACCGAGAUUUGGUGGAUGCUUUGGUGAGAAACCGACCAUACUUGCACAUGGCGUGCCAUGGUGAGGAGCUGGGAAGUGGAUACUGGGAUGACAAGUCGGAUGGUUUUUGCUGGAGUGAGCAUGAAGAAGUAGAUGAACUGGAACAAUGGCUACUAGAAGGAGGGGAUGAGAGUGAUGAGAUUGAAGGAGAGAUGAUGGAAGAGUGAAUCUGUUUUUGAGGAAGGGCUACGGUCCAGUCCAGUGGCGGAUGCUUCACCUCUGAAAAUCUCUAUCUCCCAAUGCUCAAGACUGAUCCAAAACUAAGAUGGGCCUCAGCAAAGGGAACAAGAUGGGAGGGAACAGCCACACUUGAAUCCCACAGGGGCCCAUCGGAGCCACAAUACGGCCUGAAUCUUUGCCUGACCCUUCAUCUGGACAGGAUGAAAGCAUCAUAAUGGCAUUGAUUUUACACACACACACACACACACACAGAGGAAUGCUCAAUUGCACACCUUUGCACACGUGUCAUUGGCAUAGAAUCUGAACGGUCCACGUGAUGCGGGCCCCUUGAAACUCUGUGGGUCCAAUUUUCAGCGUGAUCCAAAAAUCUGGUGGGCCAUAGCAAAGAGAAAUGCAAAUCAAGGGAGGAAACUGUUUCCCUUUACCAUGGCCCACCAGAGUUGUAUCCAGCCGAAAGUUGGGCUUAGGGGUGCCGCAUCAGCAUCAAAUGGACGUGUGUGCAAAGGUGCUCACGGUGCUCACGUAAGAAGGUGUGCAGGUGAGCAUUCCUCUCUGUCUACACACACACACACACACACACACAAAACAUGGUGGACCCCACAGUAAUCGAGAGUGGCCGUUCCUCUCAAUAAUGUACCCUGUGCUGUGGCCCAUCUGACUCUUUUAUGAGGCUGAAUUUUGGGCUCUGGCUGUUUUCUGAGCUCACGCAUCUUUUGGGCAGGUUGGAUUCCGCCAAAACAUCAUUGGGCACUAGUAGCACUGGAGCACGCCCUUUUUAGGAAUUAUGGGAUCCUUGUGUGACGGCAUGCACAGUAUACUCACGUGUUUUUAGUUUGUACAAGUGGGUCCUUAUUGGCAUGUUGGGUCCACAUUAAUAUGGGUGGACCAUGCCAUAAACAUCUCCUUGAUAGGACAAUCCCAACCUUUCAGUUUGUGGCUUGCAUAGCUGGCUGCAAAGAUAAAUACAGCAAAGGUCUACAUUCAUCUGCGUAUAGCCCCAGGACUGAUGGCUAUGAUCUUCCUAUCUGGAGAUUUUUGGGACAUGGUCCUUUCAGUAGUCCAACUGUGUCAGUAUGGCCCACUGGUACAAAUUGAAAAGCAUGCUACGCAUAUCCUAUGAUCAAGGGUCAUGUUCUUCCCCUUUGUAUGUACGUUGUCUAAGAAAUAUGUAUAUGUAGUGUCUAUGUUUACCGUCAGUGUGUAAAAUUGGAUUGUAAAUCCUAGCUGCAGUUGCCCUUGGUAGUGAUUGACAUUUUUUCUUAUCAA